CGCUGGGAGAGCAGAUUGUGAGCGCGCAGGCGUGUGGCGGGCAGCCCGAGAGGGCGGGGAUUACAGGGUCCUACCUGAGAGGGUGCGAAGUUGUGCCGGAGACUCCCGAGAGUAACUGCAACACCGAGGCAAAGUGAGAUUCCACAAUGGCGUGCAUGUUGAGACAGACCAUCAGAAGCCUUCCCACGGCAUGUAAAAUCUCUUCCAGAUCCAUCAGCUGCUCUUCCCAUCUUCAGUCACCAGCUGUGCAGGCCAAAACGAAGAAGACCUUGGCAAAGCCAGGAGUUAAAAAUGUGGUGAUUGUGGAUGGUGUGCGGACUCCAUUUUUGCUCUCAGGGACCACAUAUGCAGAUCUGAUGCCUCAUGAUUUGGCCAGGACAGCACUGCAGGGUUUGCUGCAAAGAACCAACGUCCCCCGAGAGGUGGUUGAUUACAUAGUGUAUGGAACUGUAAUCCAGGAAGUUAAAACCAGUAAUGUUGCACGAGAGGCUGCUCUGGGAGCUGGUUUUUCAGAUAAAACUCCAGCACACACAGUCACCAUGGCCUGCAUCUCUUCAAAUCAGGCAAUGACUACAGGUGUUGGUCUGAUUGCAUCAGGUCAGUGCGAUGUGAUCGUUGCUGGUGGGGUGGAGUUCAUGUCAGAUGUCCCUAUUCGUCACAGCAGGAAGAUGAGGAAGACCAUGCUGAGCCUUAAUAAGGCCAAAACAUUGGGCCAGAGGCUGUCUGUGAUAUCUAGAAUCCGGCCUAACUAUUUAGCACCAGAGCUCCCAGCAGUGGCUGAGUUCUCUACUAGUGAGAGCAUGGGACAUUCGGCAGACAGACUGGCAGCUGCAUUUUCUGUAUCUCGGGUGGAGCAGGAUGAAUACGCUCUGCGCUCUCACACACUGGCCAAGAAAGCACAAGACGCAGGCCUGUUAUCUGACAUCAUCCCUUAUAAAGUACCAGGUAGAGAAACCGUUGAGAAGGAUAAUGGAAUCCGUCCAUCUUCUAUGGAACAGAUGACGAAGCUGAAACCUGCUUUUAUCAAGCCCCAUGGGACUGUUACUGCUGCCAACUCUUCAUUCCUGACUGAUGGUGCCUCUGCGGUGCUGAUUAUGUCUGAGGAGAAAGCCCUAGCGAUGGGCUACAAGCCCAAGGCCUACCUUCGGGACUUCGUUUAUGUAUCUCAAGAUCCCAAGGAUCAGCUUCUGCUCGGCCCUGCAUACGCUACCCCAAAAGUACUGGAAAGGGCAGGACUCACUCUUGCUGACAUUGACGUCUUUGAGUUCCAUGAAGCAUUUUCGGGCCAGAUCCUGUCCAAUCUAAAGGCCAUGGAUUCUGACUGGUUUGCCCAGAAUUACAUGGGUCGGAAGGCAAAGGUUGGAGCCCCUGCUUUGGACAAGUUUAAUAUGUGGGGAGGUUCACUGUCUCUUGGACACCCAUUUGGAGCCACAGGUUGCCGGCUGGUCAUGGCUGCUGCCCACAGGCUAAAGAAGGAGGGAGGACAAUACGGACUUGUAGCAGCAUGUGCAGCAGGGGGACAGGGACAUGGGAUGAUUGUUGAACUGUACCCCCAGUAAUGUGAAAGAACCCCAUUGGACUAGUUAUGGCUGAGGCUAUGCCAAUACCCUGCACUAAUAAACUCAGAAGGUUUCCUCCUCAUCGCUGAGAAUGCUGCAGCACUGUAAAUAUUUCCUAGUUGCCAUGUCUGUGAUUGGAAUGAGUAAUUGGCUUUUCAGUGCAUUUGGCACGUUCCAGAUUGGAAUGAGUUGUGUGUAGUGCUGGAUUCUCCAGCCUCUUCCUGGGCUUGUGUUCUGUUUGGGCAGCAAACUGAUGUGGAUGAAACUAUUGAAAGCUUAUUAUUGUUUAAUAAACAGUAAAGCACUUGUGCAGCCAUAUUAAUGGUAGAAUCAGUUGCCAGCCACUUUACCAACGAGCUUUUGCUACCAGACCCAUCUGCCUUAAUAAAUAAGAUCUUCAGUA